AAACCUUUUCUUUAUAGCAAUGCCUAUAAACAAUUCUACAAUAAACGCUAGAGUUGCUGCAAUAUAUCCAGAGACUAAAAUAACAGCUAGAAGCUUGACGAAGAAGUACUCCGACUCACUGUUCUCGUAUGUCGAUCGUCGUUUUCCUCUUGUAAAAUCGUUUUGUUCACUUGGUCAAACGUGUGUUGCAGUUUGAACGAAAUUCCGGAUUCUUGAAUGUACCUCAGAAUUUCCGCAAAUCGUAAGGCGAAGAUCUCUCGAAAACAGGCCAUCGCGUCGCAAACAAGCGGUGGUUUUGCAAUUUUCAAUAUCAACGAUCCGUCCUCCGCUUUCUGGUACUUAUGCAGAAUUUCUUCCGCCUUCAAUUCACUCUCAAUGCAGAUUCGCGUUCUUGUUCGAUCUUUAACGUAUUCCAAGAUGCAUUCCUCAUUGAUAGUUAAUAUCUGUACCCUGGAUUGCAAGUUCUUCAGUGACUGAUCGAUGUGUUCGGUAAAGACCCGAUCGUAGUUCCGAUCAUAGAUGAAUACAGGUAGUUUAGAAUCUUCUAAAUCCUGGUAGCUUUCGAACGGAACUUCGCCUUGUUCAACGUAUGGUGGAGUAUAAAUGGUCGGCGUACACCAUUGACGCCAGUAUGAUGAACAGGUAAAUUAUGCGAAUAGCGUUCAAACGCGAUCUGAUAUUUAUGGCUACGCCCAUUAGCAUUUUAAUUAUGUCAAACGCAUUCAACAACUUCGGAAACUUCCUUUCCGCACUCUGAAGCAAUGACUAUAUUUGUUUUUUUACCGCCCACUUUAGCGGUGCCAUCGAUGUCCACAUAUUUAUGGCGCCUGAUCUUCUGUGCCUUCCUCUUUAGUGCAUACUCAGUUAACGUAUAAUCCUUACCGCCUAAAUAAGCGCGAUGCUACCAUUUGCGUGCUUACUUACUAUUAUAGAAGCGGUGGAUUGUUAACCAAAGUAAGUUUAAUCGGAUGGCCGUUUACAUUUCUCAAUUUGUACGGAAAAAGUUUGACCGAAUCAGAGUCAAAGAACUCUUUCGUUGUAGUAUCGUGAAACGGAUUAAUAUUUAAAAGCGUUGGCACAGCGUCACAGUAAUCUUCAUUUGGAUUUACUGUGAGCACUGACAGAUCUAGAAAUUUCUUCGUCCAUCCGUGCCUCAGAAUUGAAUCGACCUUUUCUUCGAGAAUGAUUAUAUCUUUGCAAAAGGUUAUGACACAAUCAGGAAUGAGCUUGGACCAAGGGUGUCACUUUAUUGAACAAAUCAAAUAAAAUGCGCGAAUCAUCGUAAUCUCCACCAUCAAAAAUUAUAUUCAAGGUUCUAUGCCUGGGAUCCGAAAACACGGGUAAACUCAUUAAUGUAUCGCCUUCUGGUAAAAAAUGAGUUCUGCUGAUGAGGAUACGCGGUAUUUCUUGUUUCAUCAACUGAGCUUUCCAUCGAUAUAUUUCUUUUGAUUUUGAACUGGUAAUAUCGUUAAAAAACGUUAUUUGAUGUGGUUUCAAAUGUCGUGUGAUUUCUUUAGAGAUGAGUUUGGAAAAGUUGCAGUGAAUGGAAUUACAGAGUAUUUUUCUUUGAACCAAAAGUGCAAACGAUGUUACAAAUAAUUCAAUUGAUAUUAUUUUUUAAAUUUUUAUUGCAUCCAUAGAGACUUUCGUGAAAAAUGGGAAUAGAUUUUCCGCCGUUCAAAGCAUGACUAAUUUUUGAAAAGAGGAAUGCGAAAUAGAAAUCGUAGGAAGCACAUGAAGCUUUUAAAAAAUCACGCUAAACAUGGACUCAGGUUGUUUUGCUUUGGAGCCACAGAUUAUCCAUAGAAGAUAACCAUGGAAAGAUGUUCUUUUUUCAACGCUCAUUAAUUCAAUCAAUUAUUUUACGUGGCUUUGGAACACACCUGAUGAUAUAGAAAAAUCAAAAUUUCAAGUUUCUUUUUCAAACAAAUCUACUAUUCGAAUAUAGAAUAAUGAAAUUCGCGUAUAAGUAUAAUAAAUCAUCCCAUUAACCCGUCGUGCAUCCUCCCAAAAUCGUUUGCCCUCAUAGCCAACCGAAUAAGAAUCUCGGCGAUCUCACACCACAGCUCUCGUGCUUUUUUCCUCGUGUCCGCGCGCGCGUGAUUCUCCUUCUCUCACCCGGGAAUCGCGUCGAGUCUCGCGCAUUCCACCGCGCGACGGCUGCGUACGUUCGAAAAUAGUUGCGAGGCUGCUCCGACCGUGGACCUCUUUCACCCACGCGCGAUCGAAAUAGCCGCUCCGCUGACGAAGCCGAAUCGGCCUGAAAAAGCGAGGGAACGCGAGAGAGAACGGAUGGGACUCGUAUUUACCCGUUUUAUUAUGCGCCUCGGCGAGAAUUUUCAAAGGACUUUUAUAAGUGAUUGGGAACUGUUGGAAGGUUUGGAGGGAGAUUCGCUGAUGAUUCGAUUCUCGGUUGUUUUUAUAGUUUUGGAAGUAGUGAAGAGGCGGAUCGAGUUGCUUAAUGGAAAUGGAAACUUGACUGCACUCAGUCCAGAUGAACAGUCGUUCAUGGAAUCCGUACAAAUGCCGGUACCAAAUUCGUGCGAAGCCUCGCAGCGUCAUCCUUGUUACCUGGACUAUACUGUACUGCAGUCACGAAAUUUAGAAAGUUUGAAGCUGCAAGCUGCAAGCUCGUUUGCAACAUCAGUGAUCAAACUGCAAAAGAAAAGUAAACUCUUCUGCCCUCGCAAAAAAUCUUGCCGAUAUUUUGAAUUGAAUACAUGAUUGUAAUCGAUAAAAGUUCGAAUGCUUCGAUUUUUAUCUAAAACAUGGAAUCGAAUAACAAAAUGACUGGAAACUUAAAUGAAGAAGAGGCACUACACCUAGCCGUGCGUUCGGGAAACGUGCAGACGGUAGCAGAGCUUUUGAAAAGCGAUAUUUGCCCAAACAUUCAAAACAGCGUAAGAGAGAUGCCUCUACACUUGGCUUGCCGACCAGGUGACAAGAAAAUAGUCGAGCUUGCGGACAGACUAGAGAUACUGAAGCUUCUAUGGGAGAAUGGCGCGCAAAUCAAUGCCAAGGCCGGGCAGAGAAAAGAGACUGCGCUUCACAUCGCCGUGAAGUUUCAACAGGUGGAAGUCGUGAGCUUUCUACUCCAAAGCGGAGCGAACGCGAACGCGCGUGACAAGGACGAACGCAGCCCCUUGCAUCUGGUCGUUUUUUCGACCACUGUCAGCAGCAGCGAAGCUCUUGUCCAGUUACUCGUACAACGUGGAGCUAAUCUUCACGCUCAAGACUUACGAUGGAGGACUCCUUUGAUUGAGGCCGUGUGCAGUGGAAAUGUGGACGUUGCCAAGUUACUGCUCAAAGCUGGCGCACAGAUCGACUACAGAAAUCGGUUGGGUCUGACAGCCCUCUUCUAUGCCUGCGAGACUCAAAUUCCGAGCAUGACACGUCUGCUUUUGGACCACACGGCCAAUCCUCAAAUCCAGGAUCAGCGCAAACGUUCAACACCCUUACAUUUCGUUGCGGGCAGCGGUCGAUAUUACACUUUCGUUGACGACUCGGCCAACCGAUCUCAUAUAAUCGCUCAGAUUCUCCUGGAGAACGGAGCUAACGUAGAUGCUGUGGACAUUGGCGGAUCCACAGCUUUGCACAUCGCUGUGGAUACCAAAGAUGAGAAGCUCGUCAAGGUGCUGAUCGAAGCUGGAGCUCAGGUGAAUGCAAGGGAUGAGUACGGAAACACUCCGUUACACGUUCUCCUGCUCACGGCACAGGAGGACUGCUGCAACGAGGACAGGCUGGAGCGAAUGGCUGCUUUGCUGAUUGACAGAGUGUUUCAUACUUAUCCGAUAGGUGUCAACGUGAACGAGCAAAACGACAACCAGGAGACACCCCUGUACUUCGCCCUGUUCAGAGGCAAUCCCGUUAUUGUAAAUCUUCUGCUGGAUCACAAUGCGACUCUCUCUACUCUCUGGCAUACUCAGAAGGGAAGCUUGCGAUUUCUCCACGAGUCGCCGGCUUGCAAUUAUGAUCCAGAAGUCUGCGGAGAUAACCUCGAGGAGUCUUUUACGCCGCUGAACGUAGUCGCAGCCUUGGGUCACACUAACGUCGUUCAGCUCCUAUUGAACUGUGGUGUUGAUGUGGAAGAAGGGAAUUUUACCGGGAGCCACGAUGUUCUCAAGACACCGCUGUAUUUUGCUGUGAAGAAUAGAAGAUACGAGGUGGCCAAGAUGUUGUUGAACGCCGGGUGUAAGAUUAACAGGUCCGUUCUUCACAAUACUACAGUACUCCAUGUAGCGGUAUCGCAAGCUAGCGUAGCCUUGACGUACCUCCUGAUGGAAUAUGGCGCCGAUUGCACUUUCAAAGACGUCUACGGUCGGACAGCCCUAAGUUGUGCCGUCGAAUAUGAGCGAGAAUCCCUCAAGAAAGUCGCCAGGAUCCUCAUCAUGUAUCACGUCAAGCACGCCUUUCAGAACGCGAAGAUCAGCGAUUAUGACUCUGAGACGAUACGAUCCAAGAAGUGGCUGCAAGAGUUAAAAUCUGGCUGUGAGGACGAACUCGUCAAGAUGAAGGAGAGUAUUUUGUGCGAAAAUUUCUCCAUGUAUGCCCUUCUUACAAAAAGCGUUUUUUCUCUGGCUGUGUGCUUGAGAAAUGAGAAAAUCGUUGAAUACUUUAUGGUAGAAGACGUUGAGGGCAAGUACCCUAUUUAUUGUGAUAUGUUAAGGAUUCGGUUUGAUCUGGCGUUGAAGCGGAAAAAGUUGCUUGACUCUGCGAGAUCUGCUUUGGACUUGGUAUUUAGGAACAUUGUAAAGGAGUUGGGGUACGAGACUUUACCUGACAUCGUUGUACAAAAGAUACUAGACUAUUGCAAUCUUAGAGACCUGAGUAAGAUUACAGAUAUUCUAAAGUGAUCGAUACAACAUGGUAUAGACAAGAUGAUAAAGAGAAAGCAUGUUUUUGUAUUUUUAUAAUUUUAUCUUUGCCAGUAAUAAAGUUUACAAUUUCACUGUA